UGCUAGCAUAUAUUAUUCAAUUCAAUUAUAAAAUAGUAAAUUAUUGUGUAAAGCUUACCUAAAUUUAUCACUCAAUCCGGAGUCAAUCGCGAGUCCGAAUUAUCGUCGUCGUGGCGUUCAACUUUGGUUCGCGAAAAGAUAGCCUGACAGGGGAAACAAUACACACCCACGUUUAGUUUGCACGUCACUGCUGAUCCCUUGGAGCUCCUCAGGAUAAGGUGACCCUACGCAUGUGAAUACGUCAAUAGUAGUGCCUUCUCAAUAAACAACGCCAACUGCAAGGCAAGUUUCCGCGGUGAUUUGUAGCCCUUAGAGGAUUCCCAAACUGGUUGCUUUGACCAUUUCAAAAGCAGUUGCAACUAUCGAUAUUAUAUAUAUUCAACAGAUAUUAUUUGAAUAUUAAUUCAACAGAGGAGUUAAACAUAUUAGAUGCAAAUAUACGAAAAAACACUCAGUUGAUGUCUGAGUACUGCUUGAAUGUAUCGACUGCUUGUCAGUGUUAUCGUUGGCUUGCCACCUCUGCAUGCCUUCGCCUUGGAGUACCUACGCGACCAAUUGAAGCCCGGUGCACGCAUACUGGACGUAGGCUCUGGAUCUGGCUACCUCACAGCCUGCUUUUAUCGUUACAUCAAGGCUAAGGGUGUUGAUGCGGAUACCCGGAUCGUGGGCAUAGAGCACCAGGCAGAGCUGGUGCGGCUGAGCAAGGCCAACUUAAACACCGACGACCGUAGCAUGCUGGACUCCGGCCAGUUGCUAAUCGUCGAGGGUGACGGCCGCAAGGGAUAUCCCCCGAACGCCCCGUAUAAUGCAAUCCAUGUAGGAGCAGCUGCUCCCGACACGCCCACCGAACUCAUCAACCAACUGGCCAACGGCGGGCGCCUGAUAGUUCCAGUCGGUCCCGACGGCGGGUCUCAGUACAUGCAACAGUACGACAAGGACGCCAAUGGGAAGGUGGAGAUGACACGUCUCAUGGGCGUAAUGUACGUCCCCCUCACGGAUCUUCGCUCCUGACUGCACAGAGUAGGAAGGUCGCUCGUUGUGGUGCUGCUGCUCGUUUUUAUUCUCUACCUAAUUUUGGCUUACUAGUUAAUAAAUCAAUCAAAAUUGAAUUGCUUCUUUUCACGUUGAGUUCAAAUAUAUAAGUUUUUUGAACAAG